GCGGCGACCAGUACCCCUUCCUCCGUCCCGACAUUCGACAAACGUGUGCACCCGCGCUCCGCCGCUGAUCUGGCCCAUUUUCGUCAGUUUUAUUGUAUUUUUUUUUUUUGAUUAUUAUUUUACUUUUACCCCGUGUCCCGUUCGGACACAUCCGUAAAACAGUUUUCCGCGCACAGGACAAAAGCCCUUGUUAACCGCCGCCACCAACGUCCGAUGGUAUUUUAAUACUAUUACUACGCGCCCGUCGUAAUAAUACCUAUUAUUAUAUUAUAGCGUUUCGCUGCUGUCCCGUCGACAGAGUUGUUCGUGUGCCCGUCUAGAAAAUAGAUAUUUUGUCAUCAUGUUUACCGCAACCGUCAACAACGUGCUCGUAAUCUGUCUGCGCUGCUGAACAAUCACGUCGACCACACACUCGCACGCAAACACACACACACACACACACGACUCGCAGCUAAAUCGUUUCGUCUUCGUUAUCGAAUCACGUGACAACACACGCACACAGCCGUGACGUACCGUAAUCCUGGCUUUGUGAACCACCCUGUGCAAGCUCGCCGUGUCCGUAUCCAACUGACCAACCAUGACCAAUCAACCUCCCGGUGCCGUGUCCCCCGCAAAGGAGCCCGUCAGGGUCUUCGAAGGAGUCGUGAAACAGGUACGUCGUACAUGUGGUUUCAAACCGUAAAGUCGCGAGUUGUGUAAUCCCGGCGCAUAACAUCAUAUUAUGCGAUGGCCGCCGCCGUCACCGCCACGUGCGCCACGUUAUUCCACACGGUUCUUGUCUCCGGAAGCCCGACGACUUGUCGCGUUUUCCCGGACGUGAAGCGUUCCCGGCUUAUUCCGGUCCGACCGACGUGUAGGGGGGCCCUCCAUAUGUCAGCUAACCCAGUCGGCCUUACGGUACUUGAUUUUACCGUUUCGACGGUUUUCUAUAACUUUUUAAGCAUGCCGAAACGGUAUUAAAACCAACGACACGUUUCGUUGUUCCUUUUGUAAUUCGUAUUUCAUUAAUCCUACUAAAUAAAUAGAUUAGAAGUUUCCGCUCAUGGUUUACUUGUUUGAUUGAUGUAAUGUUAUUUAUUCCGCGCACCUAUCAAGUAGAAUGCUAUGGAAAAAAAAAAAUCUACCAUCGUUCGUUAUUUUUAUAUCAAGAACUAGGUAUGUGUUAUAUAAGUUCGGGACGUUUUGGUAGGUGUAUCAUUUUUAUCUUUGAUAAUAUUAGUUACCUACUCGGCGAGUUCUAGAGGUACUGUCCAGAACAUACAGAAAAUAAAUUGUUACAAAUAACUUAAACCAGAGUAAAGUAAUACCAGUAUACAUUUUAUUCAGUCAUAAAGGAUAAGUAUUUUAGUAUCUUACCAAUUAAACAUAUGUAAAUUUAUUUUCUUUAACCCGCAAUAGCUCUCAUUGUUCGAACAAAUCUAACACACCUAUAACUUAUUUUAAGAAUAACUAUUAUUAUUUAUUAUUUAUCUACACGAUUAUGAAACGUAUAAUACCAUUAUUAUUGAUAAGAUUAAAUUAUAAAAAAACAUGUUUUGGUAUUCAUAUUUUGAUAAAAUUAGUUAAAAAUUAUAUAUUGUUAAAAAAAAUCUAAUACACGAGUAAUCGCAUUAAAUAAAACACACAAGUGAUCCUGGGUUAAAUAGAUUGACUUUUGAUACACCUACUUAACAUGUUUUAAUCUUAUAUGUCUAUUUUGAGUGAGGAAAUUAUUAUUUUUAAAUUUGAAAUAAUAGCUCUUUCAAACUAUUGGAAAUUAAUAUGUUUUAUUAUGUAGAUAAAUGUUAUUAGUAAAUUUUAAAAAUGAUAAGCAAAUUUACAAUAGGUAACAAUAUAAUACUUGUAAAAAUAACAAUCUUUUAAAUACCUAUUGUUUUUCACUUAGGUAGGUAGAUAUAAUCUAACAUAUUAAAAAUAAAAAUGGGUAGGUACUAUUUUUAAAGUGUUUUUAUUGGAAUAUUUUAUUACUAGGUCCUUACUUAGAUAUGGAUAUUAAAUUUUAUAUUUUUUGUGUUGGGUGAUAUCAAAUGUAAUAUUUAUGGGAUUUCAAAUGUUUUAUUUUGUAGGUGAGUACCUAUUAAAUUAUAUUUUAAUUGAAUAAUUUAAUUUUCUUAAGUUUUAAUUGUAUGCUUACCUAAUGUUUUCCUAAGUCUUGAACAGACUUAAUAGGGGAUUAAAUAUUGGAGUAAUUAAAUAAAAUUUGCUUUAAUAAAUUGAAAGUAAUUUAUAUUUAAAACAAAACUUUUUUCAUUAUUUUAAACCCUAUCUAAAUGUAAACUAUAUUUUUAAAUUAAAACUACCACCACCACCCACCUUCAAGAAAAGUAGAAUUAUAGGUAAUCUUGGCAAGUAUAUUAUGUUAUAGGCUUUUAUAUAUUAAGUUUUUAAACUAAAAAAUAUUAACAUUUAUUUAGUAUUUUUGUAAUCAUUUAUAUCUACCUAUAUAUUUGUUAAAUAUAUCUAUUUAUACAAUAUUAUAAUUAAGUAUGUGUAUUUACAUACAGCUAUAGUUUUUAACGUAUCUAUUAAUUUUGUUCAUAAAAUAUUUACAAAUUGUGUAGGUAUAUACUAUAUUUGUACUUGUGCUAGAUAUUGUACAUUCAUAUCUAUUACCUAUAUGGUUUCCAUAAUCAAUCUUAAAGACCUACUUACCCCACUAACCAUUAUUGUUAUUAUUAUUAUUCUUUUUUUAAACUUAUAAUUAGUAGGUACUUAACACCAAAAAUUAAAGUCAUUUUUAAUCAUAAAUAGAGAAAUAAAAAUAUUUAUAAAAAUCAAUUUUUAACUUAAAUACUUAUUAAUUAUAACACCUAGACAAUAUAUUUUGUCAUCAUAGUUAUAUUUAUUUGAGGGAUCGAUAGAGGAAUAAUUUUUUGUGAUCCACUUAAUACUUAAAUUUUUUUUUCCGUAAUUUUUAGUAGGUACCUAACAAGUAUAAUUUUCAUAUUUUGAAAGACAUACAUAAGUUUUUCAAUCAUUUUUACUUCUCAAAGGCACGUAAGUUUAGUGUAUACAAAUACAUAUAUAUAUAUAUACUUCAAUAUUAGGAUCUAGUGCAUAAAAAAAUUAAUAAAUAAGCCACUGUGGGUUUAUCUUCUCCUAUACACUUAAAUGCAUUCAUCAAAUGCACUUAAAUGUUUAGUAUUUAAUUGUAAUUUGUUAUUUUUUAUUCAACAGGUGAACUCCGGUGAUUCCAUCACUAUCCGAGAGGAAGUUUACAGUGGUUAUCCGAAAGAAAAGCAAAUAAUCCUCAACAACAUUGUUGCUCCCAAAUUAGGCCGUCGACCGUUAGUUAAUUAAUUUUCAUUCAUUUUUUCAGUAGAUCUCGAUCAAAAAAUUAUUUUUUUUUUUUUAUGAUUAACUUAAAUGUGUUAGAUACAUUUGCUAUAAAUUAUACAAUUGUUAGGUAUGUUUAUUAAUUUUCAUUUAAAACAAAUUUAGAGCCAAUAAUGAUCCUAUAUCCAAAGGUACUGAAGAUGAGCCAUUUGCUUGGGAAGCUCGUGAAUUUCUCCGUAAGAAACUUGUUGGCAAAAAAGUGUUUUUCAAAACAGUUGGUCAAUCAUCUGGUGGAGGAAGGACAGCUCGAUACUAUGGUGACAUCUUUUACCCAACAUUGGGUAUGGAAAUUGUUUUUUUAUGCCUACUGUUUAAACUUUAUAAUAAUAGUGUAAAUUAUAUUAAAUUGUGUACAAUUUAAGUAAUUUGUUAUAAAACUGAUUUUUGGUGGUUUUGGGUUAAUAUUUUUAAUUUAAUUUGUUUUAGAAAACAAUAUCGUAACUGAACUGGUUGAAAAUGGUUUAGUUUCUAUUAAAAACGUUAAGUUUACUAACCCAACUCCUGAUGUUCAAAUAUUGCUUGAUCUUCAGAAAGUAGCAAAAGCUGCUAAAAUUGGAAAAUGGGACGUAACUGCAAAGGUAUCAAUUAUACAAAUAUAUAGCAAGUUAUUGCUUAUGAUACCUUAUUUUAAACUUGUAUGUACAUAGUGAUUUUUUUAGAUUGUUUUAACAAUUUUUAUAAUUUUAUCUUAAUGAUAAAAGUUCAAAAAAAAAAUUAUAUAAAGGAUUAUUACAAUCUAUAUGAAUAAUAUAUAAAUAUUAUGAAAUAGUGUCACUAAUAAAAUCGCUCUGUAUAAAUUAGAUUUGUUAAAAUGUUACUUAGAUUGGUUAAGUAUAAUUAUAAGUUAACAAAAAUUGUAAUUUAACUUUUUUUUUCAUUUUGAAAUGUAAAUAUUAGAUUAUUAAGAAUUACCUAAAUAAUAUUAUCUUACUAAAUAGAUUAAUGUUAACUUAUCCGUAUUCAAAGGUUUUAAAAUAUCUUAUAUUCCAAGGGUAUCAAAGAAGGAAUGAUUGUAAAUUUCUGAGUUUGUAAUACUGUAGCAAUAUCUGAAAGGUAACUGCUAGUUUUUCCUCUGUCUCAUUAUGUUAAGUUAAACAUUUUACUUUUGGACUUCCAAAAAUAAGUAUAUUAUUAAACUUAAAAUAAAUUUUACACUCUUGUUUUUAACAAACUGAAAAUAAAAACAUUCUCUUGUUAAAAACAUGAUAAUGUAAUUUAUAUAUUACAAAAUACAGGGUGAUUUUUUUUUUUUUUUUUUUUUUUUUUUGUGAACCAGCAAUUAUAUCUGAGAAUUUUAAGUGAAUUUGAUUUUUGUUUUCUUAAUCAUUAUGGAAUCGUUUAAGCUUUAUUUUAAUACCAUAUUUUAACUUUUGACCCGUUCUCUCCAUAUACUUUAAAUAAGAACAUGCUUUUGAUUUUCAAAUAGAACACCCCUUUGUUUCGAACACAGAUUUGAAUAGAGAGUAUUUUAUUGUACUUAUUUAAGGUACAUGGACUAAGGGUAAAAAGUUAAAAAUUAUUUUAAAAUAAAGCUCAAUAUAUUCUAUAAUAAUUUGGAAAAAAAAAAUCAAAUUCACUUAAAAUCCUUCUGAGAUAAUGGCUGAUUCAUGAUAAAAAAAAACAUUCUGUAUACAAUUUUCUAAUAGUUUUGCACAAUAAUAGUUUUGCAUUUAUACAUUAUGCAUAUACAUAAUUUUAUAUAAGUCUUGGUACCUAAGUUAUAAUCUUAUCAAUAUAUAUAUAUAUAUAUAUUGAUAUUGGCAUAUAUAUAUGUUAAUACAUAUAUAUAUAUAUUGAUAUUGGCAUAUAUAUAUGUUAAUACAUAUAUAUAUAUAUUGAUAUUGGCAUAUAUAUAUGUUUAUACAUAUAUAUAUAUAUAUAUAUAUAUAUAUAUAUGUAUAAACACAUAAAAUUAUGUUAAAUAUUUUAUAUGUUAAAAUAUAUGAAAAAGCAAAAUAAAUGAAAUGUAGUGGUAUAAAAUUUAAGAAUUGUGCAAAAUUAUUAGAACAUAUAUUUUGUUGUUUGAUACAUUUUUUACCUAUAUAUUUUAAAAAUAAUUUAGCGGUUUGUUUAGCCUAAUCUAACGUGACCUUAGAUCAUAUACUAUGUAGGACACUCAUUAAUUGUGAUAAUUUCAGGCGACCCAUGCUAGUGCAAAUGCUCUAAUUUAGAGGUUCCCAAACUUUUUAACUGUAAACCAUAUGCCAAUUUUUUCUGUUUUUCAUAGACAUCUAAUAUUAAAUGUCUUUAAAUUCAUCAUACAUUUUUUUUCGUUAUCAGACUAUAUAUCAUAUCUAUAUUUUUUGUUAUGCAUAGAGAAUUUGACUAAAACUCGUUUGUUCUCGCUCAUUAGUCAAAGCAUAUCUAAGUAUUCCUCUCUAUACAGUCAUUAAUGAGCGAGUUGUAGGCAUUAUCUUGAGAUGUGCUGUAUAGUUUAAGUAUAAUUUGUCAAUUUAUAUGUAUAUUUUUUUAUAUAUAUUACGAAUAUUUAUUAUUAAACUAAAAAAAAAACAUUUUAAAUCUUUUUUGUACUGUAAUUAGGAUUAUCAGAAUUGUACCAUCUACCUUGAAAUAUUAAUUUUUGAUUUAAAAAGAAAAUAUAUAAUAUUUAUCAUUACUAAAGUUAAAAUUGGCAUAGAAAUUAUUUAAAUUGUUAUAUAUUUUCAAAUUAUUAAAUCAAAAUUUGGUAUUUACUUAAGGUAUAUUAAAAUAUUGUGAUGUUUGUAAUUACGCCUAGUUUUUAAUAAAAUGGUGUUUCACAUAUAUAAAUUAGGUUUACUUUUUGUAAUGAUUAGUCUGAUUUUUCAUUGUUUAGUGUUUAAUAUUCUGUGAAAUAAAAUAUGGUUAUUUUCGCAUUUAAGCAUUUAUGAAAUGCUUACAACAAUAACUGGUAUUAAUUUUCUCAUAUUGAAACUACUUGUACAUUUUGCUUUUGUUUCAAUAUGAAAAAGUUUACAUUGCUUUAUUUGAUAAUAAUUUAAUUGUCUGUAGAAGAGAAACUAUUGAAUCAUUUUAUUUUAAAAAGUUAAGAGGAUACCACUCGCAUAUUUUUUAUUAUCUUUAUCUUAUAAAUGCACAAUAGCAAAUUUGCGUUCAGUAAAUAAAUUGUGUGCAGUGAGUUUUAAUAAUAUAGUGAAUUGAUCUAUUACAAAAUGUAAAGGUAAGAAGAUUGUCUGCAUUGAGGUCUUUUUAUCUCGAUAUUUUAGUUUUUAAAGGAAAUAUGAGUAUGUGGAUUAUAACAAUUUGAUAAUAUUAUAUUUCACUUAAAAAUCAAAAUAUCAUAGAAACAAACAUCAACACACAUUAAGUUUGGUCAUAAGUCAAUUUGCAAUAAUAUUAAAACUUAUUGCACAAUAUUUACUUAAUGCAAAUUUCUUAUGUUGUGCUUUUAAUCUAAACCUCAAAUGCUGAUUUGGUGUCCUCUGAAAGAAACGCUUAACUAUUUAUAUCCCAUUACAUGUUUGAAUGUUAUAGACUCCUCGCCUAUUAUCUAAGAAGCAAACAAUUUUUUUUUAACUGCAAAGGAUGUAUAAAAUCUCAAAAUUCACAUAUGAAGACACGGUAUGUAAAAGUUCAGUUUGUUAUUAUGUGACUGAGGAACGUGUAAGAUUGUUGGGUCAUUUUUUUUUCCCAUUUUUCUUUGUUAAUUUUAUUGGGAAAAUGGAAAAAACGGUGACUUAAUUAUUCUUCAACUGCUUCAUCGCAAAAAUUGUAUCAUAAACUGAGGAACUAGAAGAUAGUCCAAUGUGGGUGAGCAACUAUUUUUCCAGUUUCAUCUUUAUUUUAUUGUGCAUUGGGGAAAUAGUGGCUCACCUAUUUCUUGAACACGUCAUUGUCAACAUUUAAUCAUAAGGUGUAUAAUUUAAACCAAUUCUAGUUAUAAGUUACAUUUUUAAAUAUUUUCUCUAAUAUAUUGAGCUUGAUUUAAAUAAAACAAUUUCAAUUCUUAUUAUCGUACAAAAUAUUUUAAUAGAUAAUUUUAACUUAAGUAUACACACUUCUUUUUAUAACAAAUUAAAGUUCAUGUAUGUGGUGAGUAUUUUCAAAAAAUAUUAUUAAUUAAUUAGUUAGUUGGUCUAAACGUUUUAAUUUCAGUAUAUUUUAUAAAUUCAAGUUAAAACAUUCUGAAAAUGUUAGUACAGAAAUAAAAUUUAAGCCUCAUUUAAUUUUAUAUACACUUAAGAGGUAUGGAUUAUAAAUUCAUAAUUAUUCUGUUUUAUGUUGUUAGAAUCCAACAAAGAAGACUAGUUCUAUCGAUGAUGUCGAGGGAUUUUUAAAAAAAAACUUAAAGAAACGUAUUAAGGCUGUUGUUGAAUCUGUUAUUGAUGGAUCGACUAUUAAACUAUUGUUGUUGCCUGAAGGAUACCUGAUUACUCUGUACCUUUCUGGAAUUAAGGUAAAUCAAAUUCAAUUCAUUUUUUUUUCUUACCAAAAACAAUAAUUUUGAAAUAUUCAUAAAUCUGAUAUAAUUUUUUGAAGAGGAAAUUAUUUAGUUUAAAUAUUAAUAAUAUUCUCUCAUUUUAAAACUUAAUUUUCUCAAAUAUACAAUUUUUUUAAAUUAUUAUACUGUAAUUUGUGGAUAAUACCUGUUAGGGUUAAUUAAUAUCGAGUUUAAAUAAUUAUAGUAUUUGAAUAUUAAUAUUAAUAUUAAUAAACACGUUUGUUGAGUUGCCAUUUUUUAAUUACAAUUUUUUUGAUAAUCUAAGAAACAUGCAGUUCUAAAAUGUUCCAUUACCAUUAUUUUCAUCGCUUCAAUUUUUCGGAUGAACCAACUUUUGAUUUUUAAUAGUAACUUACUUAAAAAAUUUCAUAAAUAUAUAAAGUAUUAAGAAUGAAAUUGUUAAUGUCUGUCAACCUGUUCAUAAAAUAUUCUACUUUUAAGUUUGGUUAACCUAUGAAAUAUUAUUCAAACUGCCGUACCGUCACAAAUAAUAAUCUGCUACUUCCCUUAUAUAAACUUAAAAAUGAAAUAUUUCAUAACUGGGAUAACGAAAAAAAAAUUGUUAAAUUUGUAUUUUAUAAACUUAUACUCUAUCUAUUUAUUGAAUUUUUAAAUAUAAGAAAAUUGAGUGUUGAAUGAUAAAAAAAUUAAUCCUGUAUAUUGAAAUCAAAAUUAAUUCUUAUGAUCAAUUUUAAAAUUUAAAUUAUUUACAACCUCUACUGCAUAAAAAUAAUGUGGUGUUGUAUCUUCUUUAUAUAGUGUCCAUCCGAUGGUGAAGAAUAUGGUAAUGAAGCAAAAUUCUUUGUGGAAAUUCGUUUGUUACAAAAAGACGUUGAAGUUACAUUAGAAGGUGUAUUGUCCAAUAAUAAAACACCAUCUUUCUUUGGAACUAUCUAUCAUCCGGUAAAUAAAUUCCAUAAUAUAUAACUAUUUCAUAAUGGUUUAAAAAUAAUAAUUUGAUUUUUAAAAGGCCGGAGAAAUUGCUGUCGAAUUAGUCAAACAAGGAUUUGCUACAUGUCAAAACCGUAGUAUGAAAUACCUGGAGGGUAGUGCUGACAAGCUAAGAGCAGCUGAAAGGUCAGCAAAGGAGAAGAAAUUAAGAAGAUGGACAUCGUACCAACAUACGGGACCUGAGGUAUAUAUUAAACAAUUUUUAUUUUUAUUACUUUUAUAUUUUAUGUGAUUGUUUUUUAGAUUUCCGAAAAAGAAAUUAUUGGAACUGUUAUUGAAAUUAUAAGAGAAGAAGCUUUGUUGGUAAAGAGUUCUAAUAGUGAUAAGCCCAAGAAAAUUUUCUUGUCUAACAUCAAACCGGCUAGAUUAGGAGUUGAACAACCAAGAAGGUAUUUUUUUUUUAAAUUUUUUAUACUUUGAUCAUAUAAUAUUAUUUAAUUUUUUUUAAUUUGCCACAUUUAGCGAACCAACUGGAGAAGACCAAGCACCUGCCCCCCGUGCACCACGGACAUUGGCUAAACAUUUUUACGAGAUCCCUUGGGCCUAUGAGGCACGUGAAUUCUUGAGGACUCGUUGCAUUGGAAAGAAAGUCAAUGUAUCUGUUGACUACAUUCAACCAAAAUCUGAUAAAUUUGAAGAAAAACUCUGUGCUACUGUUACUGUUAAUGGAAUGUAUGUUAAAAAUAUUGUUUUUUUAUUUUAUAAACAUUAAGAAAUAUUUUUGUUGGUUGGUAAAAAAUUAUAAUUAGUUUAUAUCUAAAUGUGUUUCAUGACCUAAAGUUAUUUAUUUUCCAAUUUUAUUUUGCAUUUUUUAGUUAUAUUUUAAUUGUCAAGAUUAACUGGAAAAUAAUAAACUAACAAUUUCUAAUUGUUUUACCUUGAAAGAUAUACAAUUAUCUGCCUUAUUAAUAAUUAUAAGGGUGUGAGAUAUAAUUUUAUUUGUAAUUUAAUAUUUCUUUGUUUUUUUGUUUGUUUAAUAUAGAAAUAUUGGUGAAGAAUUAGUAAAAGAAGGUUUGGCUACUGUUAUGAAUAACCCACGUGAUGACCAAAUGUCUCAGUGUUUCGAUGAUUUAAAGAAAGCUGAAGAAUUGGCCAAACAAUCUCACAAGGGACUUUAUUCUAAAUCACCUCCACCUAAACAACGCAUUACUGAUUGUUCUAGUGCUGGCGUUAGUAUAAUACAUUAUCAUUAUACCUGAUUGAGUUAGUUUUAUUAAAUUAGUAAGAUAAUUAUUUAUAUAUUUAGGAUUCUGCUCGUGCCAAGGCUCUUUUACCCAGUUUACAACGAUUCCCAAGGUUUGAAGCAUUAGUCGAAUAUGUUGCUAGUGGCUCUAGAAUGCGUCUUUAUGUAAGAAGAGAGUACUCUCUUAUUACCUUCCUUUUGGCUGGUUAGUAAUUAAUUAUAAUAAUACUUUCUAGUCAAAUAUUGUUAAUUUAUAGAAUGGAUAAUGAAAUUAUUUACUUUUUAUUAUAUAAUAUACAUAUGGGUUUCAUCAUAAUUUAGGAAUGGGAUAAAUUAUUGGAAUUGAUACAUUUAGUUAAAUAAAAUUAGAAUUUGUGAAGUCAUGAAUAUUGGUUGGAUAAAUGAAUUAUGUACUCUGUUUUUUGUAGUAAAGAUCACUACAUUAUAAAAACAAAUUUUUAAUAAAUUUAAUUUAAAAUAACAUUAGCAGAUACAAAAUAAUAUGAAUCUCGUUUAGAACCUAACCUUUGUGAAUCUGUUAUUACUCUUAAUUAGUGAUUCAAAUAAAGUUAAAAGAAAUUUUCAUCAAAUACAUUGUCCUCUUUUAUUGAAAUUGUAAUAUGUAUGACUUAUAUUUUGUUUUAUAAUUAUUUGAGGUUAAUUAUUAAUUAAUUUUUAAUUUAGGUAUUACUUGCCCGAGUGGAGAACGACCAUAUAACACUGGUGGUGAUCAACCUACAGCAGCUGAAGAAUACCACCAAGAAGCAUUAGCUUUUACAAAAGAAAAGAUCAUGCAUCGUGAAGUAGAAAUUACAGUAGAGUCUUGUAAUAAGGGUGGAAGUAUGAUUGGAUGGUUGUUCGUCGGUAACAUUAAUCUUUCUUUGGCACUAGUUAAAGAAGGACUGGCUAAAGUACAUAGGUCGGCUGAACGAUCUGAGUACUUUAAGCUUUUGCAGCAAUACGAGAAAGAGGCUAAGGAAAAAAAAAUUAAUGUAAUAUAAAACAUGCCAUUGUGCCAUUGAUUUAAAUUUGAUUAGCUAUAUGUAAUUUUUUAAUAUUUAGCUAUGGAAGAAUUAUGUAGAAGAACCAGAAGAAGCCAACAAUAACAACCACAAACCAGCAUAUGAAGAAGUAGUGAGAGAACGUAAAACCAAUUACAUUGAGGUGCUAGUAUCAGAAAUCACUCCAGAGUUACAUAUUUUUGUGCAACCCGUGUCUGAAGGACCAAAACUGGAAACCCUGACAGACAAUUUGCGUAAACAUUUUGAUUCUAAUCCUCCUAUUGCUGGUUCUUAUGCUCCAAAACGAGGUAUAUUAAUCAUAAUAAUCAUAAAAAUAAUAUUUUGAUGUAUACAUUCAAUAAUUACGUACAAAUGUUUUAUUCAAUUUAUUUAUACAUUGUAGGUGAAAUUUGUGCGGCAAAGUUCAAGGAAGAUCAACAAUGGUACCGUGCCAAAGUAGAAAAGGUUGCUGGACAAAACAUUCAUGUUUUGUAUAUCGAUUACGGUAAUAGGGAUCUGAUAACUCAGAACGAAUGCGCCAGUUUGCCUCCAACUUUCAAAAACGACCGUCCGUAUGCCAAGGAAUAUGGAUUCGCCUUUGUAAAGCUACCAAAAUUGCCAGAAUAUCAAGAAGAUUCCAUCUUGGAAGUACGUGAUGAGUUCAUUAACAAGACCAUUAACAUCAACGAAGAGUACACGUAUGAUAAUGUUACUCACAUAACCGUCAAAGAUGCUGACAAAAAGGAGGAUCUGGUUAAGAAAUUGGUUGAGGAAGGUUUCUUGCUGGUUGAAAGACGCCGUGAGAAAUACUUGCAAAAAUUGGUAAUAUAACUUUUAUUAUAAUUUCAUGUUCAAUUUUCAAAUGAAAAUUGUUUUUUUUUUUUUUUUAUUAUUUUAAUAGUUAGCAGAGUAUAUUGAGGCUCAAGAAAAGGCAAAGAAGGAUCGUUUACACAUGUGGGAAUAUGGUGACGUCACUGAAGACGAUGCUAAAGAAUUUGGUUAUGCUAAAUAAUAAUGGUCUUUCUUCGCACUUAGAAGACUAAUCAUCCACUGUCAGGACUUUAACAACUGUACAAAAAAAGGUGUUUUACAAAUUUAUUAGUCAGCCAUAUUAAUAUCUAAUCAUAUUACAAACAUAAUAUCUAUAAAUACAUAUAAAUACAGUAGAUAGUUUAUAAAUUGACUAUUUUAUUAUGAAUAUUUUUUUAUUUUAUUCAUUCCAGUCUGGUUGUUAACAAAUUUAAGACUUUUAAAAUUAACUGUUCAUUUAUUACUUGUAAAAAUGUACUGAAUAUACCUUUAAUUAAAUGUUAUCUAUAAAUCUAUUGAAUUCAAUAGUUAAAUUUUAGAUAUUUCUGAGUUUUCAUUAAUUGUUACAUCUCUCUUUUUUCUUUUUUUUUUUGACGUAUAGUAUUUUAAUAUGAUUCACAAUAUAGAAUCUUAUUAAAAACUAAGAGAUAAUUUUUAUCUAAAAAUUGUUUAUAAAAUUAUUGAUUUAUUAUAGGUCAUUGGGGAAUAACUAAAAAAUACACAGUGUAUAUAAAAUAUUUUUUGAAUAAAUAUUGGCGUGAUUAGGACGUUAUAAACUCUUCAAUGAGUUAACUUGUAUUUUGAUAAAAAUAAUGUAAAUUUUUUUAUUAUUACUUGAUGCUUUGCUGAUAACUAAAUUUUAAAUAUUUUGUAAAACACUAUAAUUAUGUCUGAUGUGUAGUGUAAAGACUGUUCAGAUGGAUUAUACAAUUAUUAUCAAUUUACAUUAUUUGUACUGUGUUAUUG